CGCAAGCACAUAACCCACACAUACUUAGGAAAUUUGGGGAGCAAUGCACGCUUCUGCGUUCCCUACGAAGGGCGUCCGAAGGCCACUCUCUCAGAGAGGAACGCAAUGCCUGCCGAUAGACAACCAUUGAACGUAGCAAAAUAGUUGCUAUUAUAAGGAACACACUAUUUAUCCUGGUAUUGGGGUUGCCGACGGUGGAGGGACAUGUUGCCUGGCCUCAGACCACUUACGGCUUUCGAGGUCUUUUUGCAGAGGCGACAGCAGGAUGCCACUGAAGCGCAUGAAGAGCUUACACCACAAAGCAGUCGCGUCAACAAGGCGCCUAGGCCUGUCGCGGCGGCACAGGCUGACACACCUCCAACUCAGCAGCGGCGCACACUCACUCGUGGCGAGCAGCCAUCUGCGCAGCCUUGGGGGCCUCCGCACAGCGCUCCCCACGGCGGCGCCCCGGAGCGACCCCCCCAGCUGCAUCCCCUGCAUCCCUCAGGCUCACUCCCAAACAGCGCACGAGCACAGGAAACCCCGCGCGCAAAAUCAGGGCUAACACCCCAAGUCGUCGCAGCACUCCCAGGCGGUAGGAAGGCCUCUGACGGCGACCUCCCCGCUGCCGCCAAGCCCACAACCGCCGGCACAACCGCCGUGUACGGCGAACUCGCCACCGCGGCGGCGUCGCUAGCCUCCGCCGCCCACAAACUUGCACGCGGCUCAGCCGCCGACCGCUCCGUCGCCGCAUCAUACGAGACCCUAGCGCAGGCUGCCGCCGACCUAGCCACGUCAGCAUGGCUCAUCCGCCCCCUGACUAGCAACCUCGGCGGCUCGGGACCCAAGCCCACGACCCCCUCUCCCUGGCAUGCCCCGCAACAGCCCCUGCCCACGUCGCUACCUCGAGCCGUGGAUCCCAUGGCAUCCGCCGCCGCCGCAGCAGGCGGCGGCGGCAGCAGCACCAGCGGUGGCGGCGGAGCCGCCACCGCCGGCCUGGCCUUCGCCAGCGGCGGUGCCGCCUCCGCUGGGGCGAGCCCCUCCGGGCGCCCCUUCCCGGGCGCCUCUCCUGGCCGCGGGCGGGUGCAUGCCCCCCGCUUCCCCGGCUACAACCCGCUGAUCCACCUAAUGGAGAGCGAGCUGCCGCUGCCGGGCAGCUCGGGGAGCGCCAUGCGGCCGCCCGCCUCCAGCCCCAUUACUCAUCAGCUCCAAGACAGCCGGACACUCCGCUCCUCAGCCGGCGGUGAAAGCGUUGUCGCAGGCAGCCCUGCCUCCCCGCCCCUCCGCAGCGCUCGAGGUCCGGGCCCGGGGCUGGGCCAGCGUCAGCGCCUGCCGCCGCCCUCGGACCCGCGCUGGGCGGCAGGGCCCACCUUCUCCUCCGGCGGCACGCCGCCGCCGCCCGGGCUGCUGCUGCCUUCGCCGUAUGACCUGUCUCGGCUGCCGGUGCUGAGCCUGAGUGCGGAUGCGGCGGCUCAGCGGUUCAGCGCGGGUGCUGCGGGGGGCGAUGUGUGGAGCAGCCAGCAGCUGAUGCUGGAGGAGACGGAGCGGGCGAGGGGAGGAGGAGGAGGUGGAGGAGGGAGGCUGGGCGGGCGGCUGGCUGAUGAGCAGCCGGAGUCCACCUCCCUGCUGCCUCCCAACGCCGACUCCCGCACCGCGGAGUGGGUGCAGCAGGCCGCAGCAGCCGCCGCGGCAGCCGCCGCCAGCACCGAGCCGGGCAUCACGCCGUACGACAUGGACCAAGAUGAAGUAGACAUGCGGUACAACAAGGUGUUGGAGGCCCUGCGUCAGCGCAUGUACGCCCGCGGUCCCGGCCGCCUGGCCGCCGCCUUCCGCGACCUGGACUCGGAUGGAAGCGGGUUGCUCAGCCGGCGGGACUUCCUCACCGUCUUGCAGGGGCUGAACCUGGGGGCGCCGGGACUGCUGGAUGAGAAGGUGGUGGACCUCAUGCUCUCCAACGUGGCUGCAGCCACCUCCAGCCCCCGACCCAACAUGAACAACAACAACAACACCACUACCAACACCAACACCGGCAACGGCGCUUCCCAACAUCCCUUCUACCUCAACAACAACAACACCAACAGCAAGCACCACCACCAACCACAAAGCAUCAACCAACCUAACCCACCUAACGAACUCCAACAGCAACAAAACCAACAUCCGCUACAGCCGCCCCAACGCGUGCCGUACAGUGACUUCGUAAACGCGCUCCGGUUCGGCUCGCUUCCCUGGCGCGGCUACAACCCCCGGCUGCGGCACAGGGUGGGGGCGGACCCGGACCAGCCCUUCGGACCGCCCUCGGCACUGGCGGGUCCACUGCCCUACGGUACUGUGUACGGUGCGGACGGUGCCGCAGCUGCUGCUGCUGCUGCUGCUGCUGCUAGCGCCGUUGGCGGUGGUGGCGGUGGUGGAAUUAACGGCGGGAGCGCUCCGGGCGCUGCUGGCGGCGUCCCCUCGCUGCCGACCGGCUCCAAGCCGCCCGCUGACCUGUCCCGUGGGUCGUUUCGGCAAGCGGACCGAGGUGCCGAGGGAGGCCUGACCCUUCAGGCUGUCGACCCCCUCGUUCGGAACAGCGCUGACCAUCAGGCCAACCUAGCCCCUGCCUCGCACGGCGGCGGUAACGACAUCAGCAACACCGUUACCGCAACCACCGCACCAGCAACGGUCAACGGCACCAACCCAAACGGCAGCAGCCCUCCUCGCGGCCUUCGCGGCCCCACACUCCCCGACUUCCAACCACAGCCCAAGCUGGAAGUCAACAACGCUGGCGGUCUUCAGGUAGCUACUACCGGUAGCCGCCCAUGGCCAACGGCAAGCUGGGAUGCCACCAUGUCCUCGUCCUACUAUUACGGCAACGGAGGCGCUGGCGGCGGCGGCGGCAGUAACAGCAACAGUGGUGGCAACAGUAUCAACGGCAAUGCCGGCGUCCACGGCAGCAGCAGCAGCAGCAGCUGGCGACCGGCACAACAACAGCAGCAGCAGCAGCAUCUCUUGCCGCCGCCGCAACCAGCGGGAGCCGUCCUGUCAGCAUCGUCGCGCGGGGUUCCUCGGCAGCACCCUUUCCCUCUUCACCACCAGCAGCAGCAUCCCCAGCAGCACCAGCAGCACCCUGCUCCCCCUGGCGGCCAGCAGCAAACGCCACACCCUCAACCACAACAACAACAGCAACUACAACAACAGCGGCAGCCGGGUUGGGUGGAGGAGCUGCAGCCUUGGGGGCACGCGGAGGGAUCCAACUCCAGCUAUCCAGCCGUCGGAGGGGGAGCAGCAGCAGGAGGCCUGCAUGGUAGUUCUGCAGGACCCCAGGGUGGAGACUGGGGCAGCAGCAGUACGGCAGGAGGAGCAGGAGGGGCAGCGGGAGCUGCGGCAGCCAGUUGGCAGGGAGCUAGCACGUGGGCUUGGGUGCCGGCGGCCAGGGUAGAGCCGCUGAGUGGGACGCAUGCGGGGGCGGCGGCGGUGCUGCACAGGCUGAGCGGGGCUCCGGGGACUCCGUUGGUAGGGGGCGGCAGGGCGAGCAGGGUGUGAGGGUGCGCGGCCGGCGACGGUUGGCGUGCUGUGCUGUGCCGGGGGAAGGGUAGGGGCGUUUGGGCGGGGAAUUUGGUACCCGGGGGUACCGUACUUGGGAGCGGCGUUGUGUUUAGAGGACUGGCCGCGAGUAGGAGCGUUGUGUGUGUGUUAAAAUAACUGGCCGCGAGGCGAAACGUACUGUGUGUGUGUGUGUGUCUCAAGUAGCGCGUCGUGUGGCAGGCAUGGGGAGCUGGCUGGCUGUGGGGGUUGGGGGUUCGUUAUCGUAUGCAUGGGAGGCAGGGAGGUGGCUGCGGGUGGGCUUCUCCCGAGGUGUUGGUACGGUGCAAAUGGGGCUGGACUUUGCGUUGCAUUGGAUGUUGGCAGGGUGUUGGAGGGAUGAGCGGGGCGUGGCGACGCAACCUGCGGCGUGUGGCAUGUGGCGUGUGUUGUACUACGCAGGAUGGCCGCUGCUUUCUUUUUCUUUUUGGCAUGUUGGCCGGCAGAGGAUCCUUGGUCUCCUUUGCAUUCGGCUUACGGAGGGAUACCAGACGAACGCGCCCUCCGUAGGAGCUACUGUACCGUGCUAUGUGGUGCUACUGCUGUUGAAAGUUUGGACGAUGCGACAUGUCUUUGUGUGGGUCUUUGCCCCUGUUGACGCGGCUGGUUGACGCUCCUUCGCAUGCAUCGCAACCCAAGUCUUUCAGCCUGCCUGUGGUGGCGGGCUGUGAGGUCUCAUGCCGGCGCACCGGUAGUGUACGGCCCCCCCCCUGAUGUCGCAAGGGUGCCGGUAUUCAUGGGGCGGAUCUUGGAAUGGUGGCGCCUGCUUGUCCUUGGGCUGCUUGCAAAUCAGUCUCUCCAUCUUCAUCUCUGUCGGUUUAUGUGAAGCUGGCGUAAUUAACGGUGAUUUCGGAACGUACAGGAACGACCGGACCAGACGUCGGCAAACACGGAAUUUCGGCUUCGGGAAGGUCCUAUUUCGGUAUGCCCUCUAAGCGCUCUUAAAAACACGCUUUUGGGCGGCGCGCCUAUUCCUUGACUGCCCAAUCCAUGUACUUGUCCUAUUUUCCUUGAAUGGGGGUUCGGGGGCGAAGCCCCCGGAGAAAAUUUUGGAAUUUAAGGGCUUAGGGAACAGAAAUUGAAACCCUUUUUGCAGUAAUUGUGUGUCCGCAGUGCUUCGGUGGGGGUCAAAAUGGUCUCUGGGGCUUGUAAGGGGCUGCCCGCCUGAGCACGAGGGCCUACUUCUGUCGCAUGGGUAGCUUCGGAUACCGAAUUUCUGUUUCGGGAACUUCGGUACGACCCGAACUCUCCGAAGCGUUUGCCGAUGUCUGGACCGGACGGUAGUAAGGCAGGCGGGUUGGCAUCCUAAGUUUAGGGAGGACAUUCAUUUGUCGUACAAUUCUUUAGCUGGCUGUGUAGAUGCCCUGUGGGCGGCCGCUUUGCAAGCCAACGGCGACUUCGGAUGGUGGGGACGGUACCGGGAACAUUUAUGUGUUUUGUGCUUUUGUCUGGAGAAGGGGCAUACUUGUGUGGCCAAAAGUGUGUUAUGGAGAGACGCGGAACCCGUAUUAGGUUGCUUGACAUGCCCUGGGUGUGAAGGGAACCCUAAACGACAGGCGCCAGGUCCUGGGAAAUCUGCUAACCCUUUCCUGCGGUGUGGGACGCCUGGCAUUGCCUGCGGCCCAGGAGGCUGUGGGUAGGUUGUUGGUAUUGUAGAGGGCGGAGAAGCUACAAUGUACCGCUACAUGCCGAAUGCAGGGCUGGCUGUUUUGCAAGCAUUGCUGUGACCGUUGCCUGGUGGUGCAGUUCUGCUUUGAUAAUACUCUACUGCGGACUUUUCAGUGAUGCUGCUUGAACUCGGCGGGGCAGGGUGUGUGCGUGCAUGAAUGCAAAGUAAGCAUAGUAGCUCUAUUACAUGCCAGGCAUGGGGAAGGGCGAGUGUGCACACGGUGCUGGACGCCGCAAAGCGCAUAAUGUUGUUUGAAGAAAGGAACUUGCUGUGUCGAUGGUGCAAUUGAAACAUGCCAUGUCUUGACAGCGUUUGUAUCGUGCUGUCGACAUCUCUAAUUGGGCUAAACAUUAGUUGGUUCCAAAUAAUGUAACCCAACGCGCAUCGAGAUACGCAUCAAUAGUCGCAUCCUCUUUUUAGUUGAGCCUCAACUUAAGUUGAGAUUUGGGACCGCCGACCGGUCGGCACCCAUAUGACCCAUUUUGCGAUAGCGAUGGAAGACAAGGUAUUCUGUGGGACCCCAAAAUGUGUUAAAUGUAGUUUAUGGUUUGUUACCGUAUACGUCAAUAAACGUUUGGGAAGUUUGGGCGUCGGCAAACCGCUUUCUAGUGUCCAAGUGAACUAAGACAUGCCAGCUCGCUUUAUGUCACCAGUUAUGAUUCGGGGAUAUACCUCUACGUUUUGGGAUAAAGGUAUAGCUACGCUGUCGCAGGUGUUGUUGCGGCUUGUAGCCGAUCGGGGGCCUUAUGUUCGGUAGUCGCUACGGCAAGGUAGCUCAUCCGCACAAGUUACCAGCCAAACGCUUCAUCAACAACUUAUAACCAAGUGCUGUGAGGCUCUUCAGUUCAUCAGCUCAAGGAAGGUAGUCCUGAGUCACAUAACUACACCACAUCGUUGUUACUCCGACGUCGACAGCAAACCCCAGAACCUGCAAUACUUAAGCUUCGACACUGUUGUAAAAUCAAGAAGCCUUACGCACUUACAAUUACGAACGGAACAGCUAGGAUGGCCGAGGAGCGUCUACUAGCGGUGUCGCCGAACCUGCCUGCCGGAAUGGAAAGGCCUAAAUGGAGCUUGCGUGAUUACCACGUCCUUCAGACUCUUUACAAUGGCUAUGCAGCUCAAGUGUACACGGCUACAUGCAAGUACACUGGAUUGGAAGUGGUACUCAAGGUUUACAGUGAUGUCGACAAGGCCCCCGAUGUCGCACAGCACGAAAUGUAUCGCGAGGUUGCCAUCCAGAGCGGCCUACAACACAACAAUAUCGUUCACCUUUUUGCUGCUUUCGAGGAGGGCAGCACGCUGGUCCUGGUCCAAGAGUACGCUCCCAGCGGCGACCUGCUCGGGCUUAUGCAGAGCCAUGGCGGACGGGUGGACGAGGCCACAGUCGUCAAAGCCGUGCUGCGGCCGCUACUGGGCGCCCUGAUGUACCUGCACCGCUGGGGCAUCGUGCACCGAGACGUCAAGCCCGAGAACGUCUUGUUCGCUGCGGAUGGCACCGUGAAGCUUGCGGACUUUGGUCUCGCUAUUAAUAUGAUUGAGGAGCGCCCAAUCAGCCGUGUGGGCACCCUCGACUAUAUGGCGCCUGAGGUUCUGCGAUGCCCGGUAAAGCAGAGCAUGGCCAUGGCUCCGAAGCCCGGCAGUGCGGCCAGGUACGGCUACGCCACGGACGUUUGGGCGGUGGGUAUCGUGACGUUCGAGCUGCUGACGGGGCUGCCGCCGUACGCCUCGGAGUGCCGCUACCAGGCUGAGUCUCGCAUCUGCGCCGGCCAACCGCCACUCUUCCCCAGCUCCAUCUCGCCUAUGGCCCGGGACUUUAUCCUGCGGCUCCUUGCCCCUGUGCCUGGCGACCGACCCACGGUUCGUCAGAUGCUGGAGCACCCCUGGAUCGCCAACCCAGACGCCUGCGUCGCCCAAGCCCGUGCCCACAUGCAACGCAGCCUGGCUCCUAUCGCCAUGUCAGUUCCCGUAUCCGCUGCUGCUGCCGCUGCCUCGGGUUACGGCGUUGCGGACUACCACCACCCCGCCUUCCUCCCCGGCUCCUCCCACCACUACUCUUCCUACAUCUCGGCAGCAGCCCAUGCGGACGUUGGCAGCAGCGGCAACAACAGCAGCAGCGGCUGCGGCGGCGGCUUCCCAGUCCACGGCGCAUGUGCCAAGGCGCCUGGCUCCUCCUCCUCGCCUACCGCUGCUAGCGACUGCAACACCCUCAGCUCCUCCUCCUCGGUGUUGCUCAACUCUGCCCGCCUGCCCGCCAUCCAGCAACACCACAAGAAGCUACAGCCCGAUAGCUCCUCCUCAGCCCCCGACCACCAUCAACCCCAUGCCAUCGCCCCCGCAGCCGCCGCCUCCUCCCGGCCUACCGAGCAACAGCAACACCCCCGCAGCAGCACGAACAACGACGCCAGCAACAGCGGCAACGCCUCCGCAGCCUCCAAGCCGCAAUCCAACCUCAAGCCGCACCCACCGCCGCCUCAGCCCCAUGGCUCUAACCGCCCCCACCACAUCGCCGUCACCGCCACCGCCGCCGCCUCAUCCGCAUCCCAGCAACAGCACCCCAGGUCAUCUGCCGGCGGCGACACCGCUGCCAAUGCGGCAGCGCAGCAGCUACGCGGUCUCCAGGCAAUCCAGGUUGUGGAUCUGUCCCGACUGCCUGUCGACCAGUUGCAAGGCGUCAUCAAGAAGCUCCAGCAAGCCAUGCAGCUUGCCGCACUGCAGCAGCAAGUGGACGCGAACAACGUUGCGGCUGCCGCUGCGGGUUGUGUUGUCGUACGAGGCAGUGUUGGCGGGGCCGGCAAGGCCACAUCUCCGUCUGAUGGCGGCUCCGCCGUUGCGCCGCCGUCGCCGACGCCCAAGCCGGCGACUCGGGCGUACCCGAGCGAGGCGGGCUGCGGGUUUGACGGCCGGGCAGGAGAUGUUGACAUGACGGAGGCUGGAGCGCAGCAUCGUACGGCAGCGGAUGCGGCCGUCAUGGCAUCGAUGAUGCAUCGCUCUAGCGGUGGUGGUGCGCCUUCGGAGGGUGACGGCACGGUGUAUGUGAGCAUUGGGAGCACCCGGAAGGUGGCGCAGUGCGGUGGGGAUGGAAGCAUGGGAGGAGCCACGUGCAAUGUGGCGGCCUGGCUGAAGCAGCUGACUGCCAUGUAAGAUUGGCAGAGGCAGUGAUUGGUUGUGUGAGGCGACUUUGCUAUGACCCUGAAGUCCUACGUGUAAGCUAGUGGAGUUGGAAGAGGCCUGGUGUGGAGUUAGGAAGUUUAACCUGUAGCCUUUUGGCUUUGACAUGCACAGCUAAGGUUGCAUCGUUGUUAGUGUAGGACACGGUGUACACCUGAAGUUUUUCGCGCCUGAAACACGGUGUCAACACGGCUUGUAUUUUUGCCGUAAGGUGAUCCGUUUGUGUGUUUUGUUUGGUUUGCAUUGGUGUUUACGGUCCGUUGGGCCAUGUUGAAGGGCUGCAGGUGGGUUAAUGCGGUCACUGUUGUGUUGUACGACAAUACUGCCUUACUGUGUGAAACCUGGUGAUUCGUAUUCUCGUGAUCUACUAUGAUAGGUGAUUAGGGAGAUACAGCUCUUACUGAGCAAGGCAGACAACUAUGUUCCGUGAUAGGAUUAACCUGGUUAGACAUCAUAGUGAUGGGUGCAUGACCCAUGGUUCCCUGUGCCGUACGUGCGCUAAUUGUGCCCACGCAAGCUCUUUUGGCCUCAUAUUGGUCUAUCUUAGGGCGCGGCCGAUGCCGCCAGCGAUUCGGAGUUAAAGACAGACUCGACGACGACGCUUCUUGGAGAGAACGAAGCCGACGGGGCGUUGAGCACUGAAAAAAAUGUAACUCACCACCUGGAUGCUUGGUCUGUCUCUCUGGUCCCUCUUGGAUUCGAACAUGCACC